GGAGGCGAAGCCGCUGUACUUCCUGUCGCCGGUUGCGCGAGGCGGGCGCGUGGAGGGAUGUAAAGAUGGCGGAGCUGCAGAUGCUGCUGGAAGAGGAAAUCCCAGCGGGUCGCAGAGCGUUACUGGACAGCUUCACCAACCUCGAAAGAGUCGCCGAAUACUGCGAAAGUAACUACGUGCAGUCUCCAGACAAGCACGCCGCUUUAGAGGAAACCAAGAACUACACCACUCAGUCCCUGGCCAGCGUGGCCUACCUGAUCAACACACUAGCCAACAAUGUGCUCCAAAUGCUCGACAUCCAGGCGUCUCAGCUGCGCCGAAUGGAGUCCUCCAUCAACCACAUCUCUCAGACGGUGGAUAUUCACAAAGAAAAAGUGGCGAGGCGGGAGAUCGGCAUCCUCACGACCAAUAAGAACACCUCCCGCACGCAUAAAAUCAUCGCUCCAGCCAAUCCAGAGAGACCGGUGCGGUACAUUCGCAAACCUAUCGAUUACAGCGCGCUGGAUGAUAUCGGUCACGGUGUGAAGUGGUUGCUUAGGUUCAAGGUUAACACCCAGAACAUGAAGAUGGGUGGCCUUCUUCGCACCACACCUCCCACACAGAAACCGCCAAGCCCCCCAAUGCCUGGAAAAGGCACCAUAGGGAGACACUCCCCCUACAGGACGCUUGAGCCAGUGCGGCCUCCGGUGGUGCCAAAUGACUACGUCCCCAGCCCCACACGCAAUAUGCUGCCCAUUCUGCAGCAAAGUCCUGUGCGCACGGCUUCUGUUAAUCAAAGGAACCGCACUUACAGCAGCGGGAGCAGUGGCGGCAGUCAUCCCAGCAGUCGCAGCAGCAGUCGUGAAAACAGCGGCAGUGGCAGUGUGGGUGUUCCCAUCGCUGUGCCCACACCCUCUCCACCCAGCGCCUUCCCAGUUGCUGGUGCCAGCACACCCUCAGCUCCGACUAACUCUGCUCAGCCUUCUGUUACGUCCUCUAAUUUAACCCCCACACAGCCCUCAGCCAACCCCACCUCAAUCCCUGAAUCUCUCCCCACUCACCCCGACUCUACUGAGAGCUCUCUGACCUCAGAUAAUGGCUCUCCUCCCUCUCAACCACCCCUCGCUUCAGAUGAAGCUAGUUCUACAUCCAGCACCAACCCUGGGACAGGUGGUCCUCAGUUCUACAGUAUGAACAGGCCCGUCCCCAGGCAGAUCUCCCCCACAGUGGGGGGUUCGCUGCCUUAUCGCCGAGCACCCUCGAUCUCGGGUCAGACUUCCAUGCCCCCCAGCCAACAGAACGGAGGACCCCAUUACAAUCAGAACCAAGCCUCAGUGGCCCCCCCUCCCCCCUCCGUACUGCAGAUCACACCCCAGCUUCCACUGACGGGUUUUGUGGCUCGCGUACAGGAAACCAUUUCAGAUGCGCCUCCUCCACCUCCCCCUUCAGAAGAGCCGGUGUUUGAGGAGACACAAAACCCAGUUCCACCCCCAGAAGACUACGAGGAAGAGGAGUCUUCUGUGGUGGAGUACAGUGACCCCUAUGCUGAAGAAGACCCACCCUGGGCUCCACAAACUUACGUGGAGAAAGUGGUGGCAAUCUACGACUACACGCAGGACAAGGAAGAUGAAUUGUCUUUCCAGGAGGGAGCCAUCAUAUACGUCAUUAAAAAGAAUGACGAUGGCUGGUUCGAAGGUGUGAUGAGCGGCACUACAGGACUCUUCCCUGGAAAUUACGUGGAGUCCAUCAUGCACUACACGGAGUGAGAGCGUCCUCCGUCUCUCCCCCAACCCUCAACGCCCACCAGCGCUAAUCUUACACUGCAGAAGAGUGCAUGUGUGCAUACAAACCAUGCUAAUAACAGGCCGUGAGACUUCAGAGAUGAGAGGUGCAACUGAAGAGAGGAAGCGACUUGGAGCCGGAAGACAGAGAAAAACACUAUUAGAGAAAUAAAACUAUAUUAAUAAACGCCAAUAAUAUGUUUACUGUUGAAUGAAGGAUACAGAGUUUUGAAGUUCGGGAUAAGCUAGAUUUAGUGCGAGUACAUUUUUAUUUUUGGAUAUUUCAUAACCUUUGCUCGUUCCACAGCAUUGUGGUGUUUUGGAAGGCAGCGCGGGGGCUGACUGACGUCUGAAAUGGAUUUGUUUUUGUUUUUUGAACGGUCUGAGGUGGAUUCGGGGUGCGCUUUACAGUGAGCUCACGCUCAAAAAGGGAGUUCAUUACAUUUAUGUUGGAGCAAGGAAAGUGUGGAACUGAACAGAAAAAGCCAAUAUAGAGAAGAAGCUUUCUAUUUAUUACAUGAUGUGACAGCUCAAGGUUUUUAAAUUUGUUUGUAAAGUGUUUUAAGUAAUUGUUUGAAUUAUCCUCUCCCAUCUAAUUAAAAUCAGUUUGAGCCAGAUGAUAUAGGAAAUAUUUGCACAAAGGUCUCACCCUGGUUUUACUAUAUUGAUUAAAUGUAUUUAAUGUUUGUUUUUCCCCCCUGAGAAUCGGUCAGCCCCAACACAAAUGCAGUAGACAUAUCUAAUAACCUCAUGAACUGUUUUACUUUUUGUUUGUUUUACAUUUAAAUAUUGUGUCAUGAUGCUAACCGUUUGGUUAAUAUUUGAUACGUGUAUGUAGUGCUUAAUAGACUGCAUGCUUAAUAAAAAAUAAACCUUAUUUACAUUUAAUUUCUUUUUUUUCCUUUCACAUUUUAUUUAUAGAGUUCCCACAGUUAUGGAAAACUUAAAAUAUCUGGAAAUGUUAAACUAGUGAUUUUUAGUCUUCUCAACAUUUUUUUUUUUAGUGGUCUGAAUUAUUUCAUCAGCUAAAACUGCAACUGCAUGAAACAUAUUUUUGGUUGUGGGACAUUUUGAGACAUUUACAUAAUAAUACAGUUUAUCUAUUCAUUCAUGUUAGCACCUGACAUUGAAAAAUCCUCCAAUAGUAGUGAUCAUCUAGAAAGGUUACCAAAUGUUGUGGUACGCGGACAGUUAAAGUCCAAACGUUACAGUAUUAAUUUGGGUGCUCUUUGUCUUUAUGCUAAAUAUAUUGUGCCAUUUUGGAGUAUUACUGAAAUGUGUAUAAGCUACUAUUUGACAAUCACAGGUCUCUUUCUCUCCAGCUACUAGAGCAGUUUUCCAUUUUGCAGGUCUUAAAAUAAGCAAGUCUUCGUUGCGUCUCCAUAGUGAAAUUUAAUUUGAAUCUUAUGUAAAGAACAGAUGGAGGUUGUUUAAAGCAGGGUAGAGUCAGGUGAGCUCAUCUCUCUCUCUCUCUCUCUCUCUACUUAACAAUAAAAUGUGAUGUUUAAAGGGUUAAUUUACCUCUGUUUGAAAGCACAUCACUCUAAACACCAGUGUUGACAUUUUAACAAAGAGUAAUUUUUUGUAAACCCGUUAACUCUAUAUUCUUGUGUGCAAAUAUAUGUGUAUAUAUAUAUAACUGAAUAAAAGUCCUGGACAUAAGUA